AUGGAAGCAACCGGCUGCGGAUGCACCUCCGCAACCACCGACCGUCGAAGAUCCGAAGCAGGUGCCCCCAGGUCCUCAGAGCGCACUGGUGGGGCAGACACACCAGGGCCAGACGGAACGCCUCCCGGAACCGCCGCAGGAACCGCACCAGGACAGAGCGAGGAUCCGCCGGGGACCCCUCACUCACAGACAAGCAGGGAAAGUCAUCUUCCAGGAAAACUGAAGAAGCUUCAGCACGAGGAGCGUCGCAGCUGGUCGCCACGUGGCCCUCAGCGCCACACCGGAAACAGGUAUGGUGGAGACGAGACUACCGUGGGGGCGCCAUCGACAGACCCCCAACUGGUGGGGGCGGUGCAGGCGUUAGCCCUUGAUGAGGGAACCCAAGAGGGCCUCACGGGGAGAGAAGCAGACCCCACGGGGGGACAAGCACACCCCACGGCGAGACAAGCAAAGCCCACGGCGAGACAAGCAGACCCCACGGCGAGACAAGCACACCCCACGGCGAGACAAGCACACCCCACGGCGAGACAAGCACACCCCACGGCGAGACAAGCAGACCCCACGGCGAGACAAGCAGACCCCACGGCGAGACAAGCAGACCCCACGGCGAGACAAGCACACCCCACGGCGAGACAAGCACACCCCACGGCGAGACAAGCAGACCCCACGGCGAGACAAGCAGACCCCACGGCGAGACAAGCAAACCCCACGGCGAGACAAGCAGACCCCACGGCGAGACAAGCAAACCCCACGGCGAGACAAGCAGACCCCACGGCGAGACAAGCACACCCCACGGCGAGACAAGCAAAGCCCACGGCGAGACAAGCAAAGCCCACGGCGAGACAAGCAGACCCCACGGCGAGACAAGCAAAGCCCACGGCGAGACAAGCACACCCCACGGCGAGACAAGCAAAGCCCACGGCGAGACAAGCACACCCCACGGCGAGACAAGCAGACCCCACGGCGAGACAAGCACACCCCACGGCGAGACAAGCAAAGCCCACGGCGAGACAAGCACACCCCACGGCGAGACAAGCACACCCCACGGCGAGACAAGCAAACCCCACGGCGAGACAAGCAGACCCCACGGCGAGACAAGCACACCCCACGGCGAGACAAGCAGACCCCACGGCGAGACAAGCAGACCCCACGGCGAGACAAGCAAAGCCCACGGCGAGACAAGCAAACCCCACGGCGAGACAAGCAGACCCCACGGCGAGACAAGCAGACCCCACGGCGAGACAAGCACACCCCACGGCGAGACAAGCACACCCCACGGCGAGACAAGCAGACCCCACGGCGAGACAAGCAGACCCCACGGCGAGACAAGCAAAGCCCACGGCGAGACAAGCACACUUCACGGCGAGACAAGCACACCCCACGGCGAGACAAGCAAAGCCCACGGCGAGACAAGCACACUUCACGGCGAGACAAGCAGACCCCACGGCGAGACAAGCAAAGCCCACGGCGAGACAAGCAGACCCCACGGCGAGACAAGCAAAGCCCACGGCGAGACAAGCACACCCCACGGCGAGACAAGCACACCCCACGGCGAGACAAGCACACCCCACGGCGAGACAAGCAGACCCCACGGCGAGACAAGCAAAGCCCACGGCGAGACUAGCACACCCCACGGCGAGACAAGCAAAGCCCACGGCGAGACAAGCAAAGCCCACGGCGAGACAAGCAAAGCCCACGGCGAGACAAGCAAACCCCACGGCGAGACAAGCAAAGCCCACGGCGAGACAAGCAAAGCCCACGGCGAGACAAGCAAAGCCCACGGCGAGACAAGCAAACCCCACGGCGAGACAAGCAGACCCCACGGCGAGACAAGCAGACCCCACGGCGAGACAAGCAGACCCCAUGGGGGGACAAGCAGACCCCAUGGGAGGGCAAGGUGACCCUUUCAGGAGCCCAGGUAACGCCGAGACGGGAGAAACGGAUCCGGGUGCCCAGGGGGCAGCGGCCCUGGAUGAUAGCAGGAUUUCGUUGGGGGGCUCUCGCUCAACGGAUAUCACGAUGAUUGGUGGGGCCAUAGGGAGUGAUGGGGUUGUGGACCCCCCAAUAGAACAUCCACCCCAGUCCAACAAGGGACACCAGGGGAUAGUGCCACUGCGAGACCCCAGGGAUUGGUGCAUUCUGGUCCAACGAACACGUUACCCAACUCCACUCUCACAAUCAUCACAAUUAACACAAUCACCACCGUACCAACAACCACCAUACUACCCACAGCAACCAUAA